CCAUGAGCGAGGAUGGAGGAAGCGCGCGGAGACUCCUUGGAUCUCGAGCAGCUGAGCAACGAGUUGGAGCAGGAGAGGCAAAUGCGGGACAUGCUUGACUUUUCUGCUACUGAUUUGCGAAACACAGUGUCUCAACUGGAAAAGCGAUUUGACAGUAUUGAAGAUGAAGGAAAUGAAUGGAAAACUCGAUAUGAAACACAACAGGAGCUGAAUUUACAACUAGAGAGACAAAUUAGAAUGUUGGAAGAGAAAAAGGAGUAUAUUCGUGGCAAUCCGACAGACAGAUUGUCUUCGGUACGUUCAUAUGAGGAGAUGCCAGUGGGUCUACUGAAACAACUGGUAAAGCAACUGGAGAAAGAAAAGAAAAGUCUUGAAAACCAGCUGAAAAAUUAUGAGUGGAGAAUAGAACAAGAAGCAAAGGCCUAUCACAAAGCCAAUGAUGAACGUCGUACAUACCUAACAGAAAUCGCCCAAACAAAUUUAUCAAUUGAAACAGCAAAGAAGCAAAAGGAAAAAUGGUCAAGAGAAAAGAACAUUUUGAAAGAAAAGUACAACGUGCCAACUGCUGAAAGGAUUUUGGAUCUCAAGAAAGGACCAAUCAAAAAGACUGUAGCGUUGAAACGGCUUCCAAAAUUGAAACACUGACGUUAGAAUAUUAUUGUGGAUCAGACAUGGUGAUUUGUGUGUCAGAAGAACCUGUUAUUUACAGUACUUAAAUCCUAAUUUUAGGUUAAUUUAAUUGUUGCUCAUCUAAAUUAGAGAUAUUUGGUUUUGUAGAAUCAGUAAUAAUAGUUUGUACAUCAGUAAAAUUUAAUAGAUUGAUUUAAUGUAUGCAUUUUUAAUUAUUGUAUUCAUAACUGAACUUGUUAGUAAAUUUCUAUCCUUAAAAAAUGUUUCCCAGGAUUGACUGCUGAUAAAUGAGUGAAUAAGAUUUAACAGAGCAGCAGGAUCCCUGCUUCUCAUUUAUAAGGUCAUUACACCUCACGAGAAAGAUUUGCUACCAAAGGGGUUUGACACUGGUGAAUUUGCCAUCCUGAAGUUGGGAUAUUAAACCACGACAGUAUUUUCCCUCUUGGGUGUAUGAGAAAUAGCCCCAUGACACAAUUGUAAGAACAACUAGGAAUUAUUCUUGUAAUUAUGUUUUACAUUUGUGACUCAACCCACACCACCAAAAGGGCCUUUUUUUGUUGUAUAUCUCUAGGACACUGCUCUUCAAAACCAGAUUAACUGCUGCUUGUGAAAUUUGCUGUUUGUAAACUGACUGCUGUCUUUCCUUAUAUUAAAGAGGCAUAUUACAUGACAAUGGAGUUUUUCAGCAUCCUGGGUUCUAUAUAAAUGGAGUUCUUUCCCUAUGCAUCCCGAUAUUUUUUCUUCAUUUCAAUUUUGCUCCUUGUGAAAAACAAUUGUAGAUUUUUACAGUAAGGACUAGAUACUGUAAUAGAAUUCCUGCAGUCAUUAUGUAGGGGCUAUAUUUCAAGAGAGCAUAUUGUUUUGUCUGGCACAGCAUAACUUCUAGUUUCUUAGACAGGCCUGUUAGGUUUGAAUGUAUUUGUAUUUUAAUGGCGACUUAUUAAUGAGUUCAAAUUUCACUGUAAUUCAAUGUUGUCAGACCAAAUGCCAAGGAUUUAGUCCAGUGAUAGUACCAUGAUGCUAACAUGUCUCCCUCAUGUUCUUACGUGACUAAGCAGGUGGAGUAAACCAAUGUGCUCUGUGAUCCUGCUUAACUAUUCAAUAAAAUCACUGAUCUUACCACUGGCCUUAGCUCCACUUUCCCAUUGCACUCCAUAACCCAUGACUCCUUUGUCAAUCACAAAGUACUCUAGUAAGUCUUUCCUGAACUACUUCCAGUGAAAGAUUAUCUCUCGUUAAGAAAGGAGACAGAAAUUGUAUAUACUCCUCCAAGUGCAGCCUCAUCAAUGUUCUGUACAUUGCAGUAAGACUUCUUUACUUUCGUACUCUGUUCUCCUGGGCAUCAAGGUGAGACUGUAAUUAUUGAAAUACCAAAAAUGGCCAACAAUGCAUUCAGCUUCCUACCUGCAUGUUUUACGCGAUCAUUCGCAAGAUACCUAAAUGCCUCUGUAACAGCAUUCCACAAUCCAUUUAAAUAAUAUCUUUAAAAAAGUGGACAAUUUCACAUUUUCCCACAUUGCACAUCAUCUGCUAGAUCCUAACCCAUUCCUUUAAUUAAUAUUCAAUGUUGCCUUUAGGCUAUGCACUUAUUUGGAGGGUCCACAUGAGGCAUGCAAAUACAUUGGCCUCUGGUUUGGAAGUUGUUACUAUGCAUGGACUUUGGAGCUCCUUGCCACAACAAGAACAUAUUAGAGGGAAUGAUUUGGAGAUGCUGGUGUUGGACUGGGAUGUACAAAGUUAAAAAUGACAACACCAGGUUAUAGUCCAAUAUUAGAGGGAAGGUAGACUUUAUAACUUUCGCACAGUUUUCUUUCCUACCUAUUUUCAUAGGGUCUUCAAAUUUAGCUACAAUAAUCAAUUCCUUCACCCACAAAAAAAUAUAUGAUUCGGAGAUGCCGGUGUUGGA